CUAGUGAUACCCAGGGAGAGGACAGCAGCCUCAGCAUGUCAGCUGAUGUUUCACUGCAUUCCCCGUCCCCAGAUACUGAGAUACUGAGCACAGUGUCAAUGGAGGGCAAUGGGGAAGAUCAGUCUUGUGAUCUGUCCUCAGAUGGCAAAUGCCAAGCACGGUGGAUGAUUCUGUAACUCUCAGUGAUGUGACGGCAAUUGCUGGCAGAGACUCAUCUGAACUGGCAGACACAAAUGGUAGUCCAUGUCAAGUUGAAAAUGUAAGCCAACAGCGAAUCUGUGAAGGGUCUACGGCUGAAAGUGUUGAAGGUGAUUGCAGUACUGUACCCAGCAGCCUCCCCCCUCUGCCUGUAAUGCAGGAUGCAGAAGCACAGGCCUCUGCUCAGGCAAACACUGACACCCUCGGGGAGAAGACUGACAGGUUGGUGUGCCCAGUGGCCAUCAGCACAUCACGCCCCGCUGGAGAGGAUGCUCAAGUGCAAACAGACUUCACACCGCUCCCUGCGCCUCCACAACAACACAUGGACAAAGUUUCCUCCGCAGCUAAUGCGCCUGCCUCUGACUCAGCAGGGAAGAAAGAUAUGGCUACUUUAACAGAUGAGCUGGACCCACCUGACCUCGAAAAACACGCCGCAUCCGACACCUCAGAGACCUCAGCAUGCCAAGACUCGACACCAAGUGCCCCUGCCACAACAAAGGCAUCACAUAUUUAUGCCACAGACUCUGAGCCAAAGCCUAAGCCUUCCAAUGAGCUGACAAGGGACUACAUCCCCAAGGUAGGGAUGACAACGUAUACUAUUGUGCCCCAGAAAUCUCUGGAGAAACUGAGAUAUUUUGAAGUUGCUCUGACACUGGAGACACCUCCUGCAGCUCCAGAAGAGGGACUUAACAUUGGUUCUCUUCAGCUGGAGGAAAGCACAGCACCGAGGGAACAGACAGAGGUCUCAAAGGAAAAAAGAGAGCUGCACUCUACUGUACCCAGGGAAGACUUACUGACUAGCACUGCUACUACCCAAGACACUGUUAAUGGAAGUAUACCUGAUUCUACUCAUUCCUCAUCACCAACAAGUUUGCUUAAAGCAGAUGACAAGAUCUCCAGUGUGGCAUCUCAAGCAAGUUCACCAGCAGAGGUCAAGGAGACAAAAAUUCCCCCCGCAACUAAACCUAAGCCUGGUUCUUUCCGCUUGGCACAGCACAAAAAAACACCUGGGUAUUAUGUAACUUCAGCAGCAGAAAAAAGUCUCAGUGCCAGUCCUGGCUCUGGUCAGAGGGAGACUCAAGGAAGUGCAGAGAGAGCAAUGUUACCACCCCCUCCUCCUCCCCCUCCCGUGCAGUGUCAAGAGGAGACGACAGGGGCCACUAACAUCCAGCUGAGCCCUAAAGGGGACGACAAGAAUGUAGCUGUCAUGCGAAUGAUUAGGCAGAGCAGUUUGCCAGGUAAAGAGCCGAGUGGAGGGUUAAGCUUGGAAAAAUUAAGAAGCUUUGCAGCCCCUAGACCCUACUCUCCAGCAACUCCGUCCCGCUUUGCUCAGGCAGUGUCCUCUGCUGUAAAAAGGAGCCAGUCCUUAUCCCAUGGUCCAAAGCCACCUCAUUCGCCUGUUUCACCACUGCUCUCUCCACUUACAAGUCACUCCUCAGUCAUAGAGUCAAAAGGAUUUUCUAAGCUCAAGGACAGUGAAAACAGAGAAGUGGAUAGCGACAAAGACCCCAUUCUGCAGGGAGUAGAGGAUGAACCACCACCUCUCAGUGGCAUUGCUCAAAUGGAAGGAGAGAGCAGUCCAUAGUAGUGCCUUAAUUCUUCUGACAAUCAUCUGUCAUCUACUGAAGAGCUUAUCCUGUCUACUUUGAGUUCUCCAGCACCCUUUAUCCCACAACACAGAAGCAGCAACUGUCUUUUGUUUUACCUCUUCGGGUAGCCUCCAGCAGUGUACAUAAAAUUAUGUAUUUUGAUAAUUAAUAAUUGCUGUAUUUUGGUUUAUUUCUCAUGUCAUUGAGUAACAUCCCUGACUGACUUGCAUAUUUUAAUGCCUCGCUUUUAUUUUGUGUGAUGACUAUCUUGCAUUUAAUGCAUUACCAUUGUGAGUGAACGAGAACAUUAAAUGAGAGUAAAUCUAUAAAUUAUUCAACUGAUUUCCAGAGUUGUAAUAUUAUUGGGUUUAUUCAGAAAAUGUAUUAUCUAAAAAUACUGGAUGUAUCGGACAGACCAGGUCUGAUCUAUGGUACUUAAAUGCUCCUUAGAUUAUAUAUCAAAUCUAUAUUUAAGUAUUACAAAAUUUUGAUUAAGCUUUAUGCCGAAAAACACUGAUGUGUACAGCACACCUGUUGUUAUUGUCAAGCGGUAUUGCUAUGAAUAAAGCUUUUAUCAUUUC